AUGUGGGCAGCUAUCCAAUUGUUGAUGAUGAAGCUGAUGGCCAUUUUGGCCGCCCAUCGUGAGCGGGAUGCUUCUGGAGAUGGCAGUCCUCGUGGUUCCCGACCGGCCCACAAUGAGCCACCCCCAGGACCAUCACCACCUCCAGGUCCACAGAUGGAGGAGGCUGAGGGCCACCUCCACUUAGAGUGGAAUGCCGGAUACCCAGUGGCCCCAGCACAGUUCAUUCCGUGCAUUUUGCAUGGUGGGCACUUCCAGACGCAGCCCAUGUGUCAGUGGCCCGGUUGGCCCGGUUGGGGUUCCAUGGUUCCAGCGCCAAUGGUGACAGUACCAGCUCCAAAUGAAUCUUGCUGCCCGCCGGAUCAUCGUUUGGAAGAAGAUACAGCGCCAGCGCCAAUGCCAGGAUCUGUGGAUCUCACGGGCGACGAUGACAAGAAGACAGACGAUCCUGCAGCGCACCCGAAUGGCAAAGAGGAUUUGCACUUACAAUGGCAAGCUUCCAAGAAGCGCAAGAAGAACAAUGAUAAGAAGAAGCCUGACGGCUCCUACAACGACGCAUCAUUCUGGAAGGGCUCUCGUUGGGAUGAGUGGAAAGAUUGGAAUGAUGAUGGUGGCAGCAGCGGCUCCAAUGGUUAUGGCAGGGGCCGCUGGACCUGGGCCUGGGUCGCCUAA